UCCACCAUAAUAAAACCUAGGGAACCUCAUUUUACUAUUUUUCCUUUACCACUUGUGUCUUUAUGACUACAUUCUUGUCCGAGCCAUUAAAUUUGAGAAACAAAGCUCGAUGCACGUCAAAACCAAACGCAGCAAUUAGUUCCAGAAAAGAAAAGGAUAUAGUUUCUUUGAAAUGAGUCAGUGUGUUCCCAGUUUGGAUCUGGACGAUAAUCAUGCCACCGUCCGCCACUCCCUCCGCUCUAACUCCAACUCCACCUCCCCCGAUGUUCAUAUGUCGGACUAUGAAGUAGCGGAAUUAACAUGGGAAAAUGGUCAACUAGCCAUGCAUGGUUUAGGUUCGGCACGUGUUCCGGCUAAGCCCUUGAUUUCCAACGCUCCUUCUAAGUACAAUACUUGGGAUAAACCACAGGCUAAUGGCACUUUGGAGUCCAUAGUGAACCAAGCCAUUCGUCUUCCGUAUCUUAAGGUUUCUCUUCACGGCGGAGGGGAUGAAAUUGUACCCUGUUUAGACCAACGCAGUGCUGCGGCGGAUGCUUUGGUUCCUUGCUCGAAAAGGUCGCCCGAGGAUCAUCGGACCGUGGACAUGAUGGAAUCUAUACCGGAAGUCGGAGGAUCUCGCUUGGGGGGAUGCUCUACUAGGGUGGGAUCCUGCAGUGUGCAGGCCGGUACACGAGACGAUGAUGUACUCGUCACCGGGAAACGUACACGGGUGGCUGCGGGACGUGUUUCUGUAACACCGGAGUGGAGCGGCAAGGAACAAAGCGCCAGUGCCACGUUCGGAAGAGGUAGCCAAUACGUUACUUUUGAUACGUAUGAGAAAGAUUCGGACUUGGGCUUUACAUUUACUUCUAAUUCCCUUGGUUCCCUGGAAAACACAAGCUCUACAAAACCCUGUACCAGGGCCUCCACCAACACCGCUGAUGAUCAUGAUUCUGUUUGUCAUAGUACACCCCAGAGGGAGAGAAUGGAGGAGGACAAGAAGGAAACUGGGAAAUCUUCAGUUUCAAAUAAAAGAAGUAGAGCUGCUGCCAUCCAUAACCAGUCUGAACGUAAAAGAAGAGAUAAGAUAAACCAAAGGAUGAAGACGUUACAGAAGCUGGUUCCCAAUUCUAGCAAGACGGACAAAGCUUCAAUGCUCGACGAAGUGAUUGACUAUCUCAAACAACUGCAAGCACAAGUUCACAUGAUGAAUAGGAUGAACGUACCACCACCAAUGAUGUUGCCGAUGGCAAUGCAACAGCAACUCCAAAUGUCCAUGAUGGCUCCGGCGAUGAGGAUGGGUAUGGGUGUUAUGGAUAUGAACAGUAUCAUCCGUCCCAACAUCGCCGGCAUCUCGCCCAUUAUGCCUAAUCCUUUCAUGAACAUGACUUCUUGGGACGGCUCCGGUGAACGGUUACAACGAGCUGCCUCUGCUGCAAUGCCGGACCCUCUUUCCUUGUUCUUGGCGUGCCAAUCACAGGUACCAUUUGUUUUCCAUCAUUUUAAAAACAUCAUACCCCACAGAUAUGAUAUAAUGUAUGUAUCGUCUGUUUGGUGCAGCCGAUGA